AUGGUCUCUACGGCGGCGGAAUCCGGCAGCACAAGCGUCAGCUUCGUCGGGUCUGCAAUGGACGAAGAUCCCGAGAAGUUGAAGACCGCAGCAUUACCUCAGCCAGCGGGAGAUGUGGAUGUGCAUGGAGAGAGUGAGAAGACCGUCGAAGAAGCUCGUGAUGGCAACAUUGCAGUCCCUCAGGGGAUCAAUCCGAUGGACCCAUCUCAAUUCCCCGAGGGAGGGCUUGAAGCGUGGACUGUCGUGUUUGGGGCCGCCUGUGGGAUAUAUGUCAGCUUUGGCUGGAUCAAUUGCAUCGGCGUGUUUCAAGAAUACUACCAAUCGCAUCAACUCAAAGAGUAUACGUCGCAAGAAGUCGCUUGGAUUCCAUCCCUCGAGGCGUUUAUGAUGUUCAUUGGUGGCCUGUGGGUCGGUCGAGUCUACGACAACUACGGUCCCCGUAUUUUACUUUUCGUCGGCACCUUUCUGCACGUCUUUGGCUUGAUGAUGGCAUCCAUCUCCCACACGUACUACCAGUUCCUGCUCUCGCAGGGCGUCUGCUCCGCGCUGGGCGCGUCGAUGAUAUUCUACCCCUCCAUGUCCUGCGUAGUGACAUACUUUUUCCGCCGUCGGUCGCUCGCUUUGGGUAUUGCGGCAACUGGAUCGAGUAUUGGAGGCGUCAUUUUCCCAGUUAUGGUGGAGAGGCUGAUUCCGCAAGUCGGCUUCGGCUGGACGAUGCGCAUCUGCGCCUUUAUGGUUCUGGGCUUGAUGGUACUGGGAAACUUGACGCUGAGGAGCCGCAUCCCGCCUACAGCGAAACCCGUCCAUGCUAUGGACUUUGUGAGGCCCUUUCUGGAGCCGAAUUUUGCACUGUUGGCGCUCGGAAGUUUCCUUACGUUCUUGGGUCUCUUCCUCCCCUUCACGUUCAUCAUCCUCGCCGCACGCGAUCGUGGCGUCCCCGACAGUCUGGCCAAAUACCUCGUCGCAGUCCUCAACGCGGGGUCCACAUUCGGCCGGACGAUCCCGCCGUUCUUCGCGGAUCGACUCGGUCGCUUCACGGUCUUCCUGGCCAUGGGUCUUGUCUGUUGUGUCAUCGUCCUCGCACUCUGGCUUCCCUCAUCCGGCACGGCCGCCACGGUCGUCUUUUGUCUCGUCUUCGGGUUUUCGAGUGGUGCCGUGGCCAGCAUCUUGCCCAGCCUCGUCGCGACAAUCAGCCACAUCAGCCAGAUCGGCGUGCGUACGGGGUGCAAUUUCAGUGUCGUUGCAGUGGCGGUUUUGAUUGGGAGUCCCAUUGGGGGCCAGUUGAUCCAGAAUGACGGGUACAAGAGCAUGCAGGGCUUCAGUGGUGCAUUAUUAGGUGGCGGGUUCAUUGUGUACUCUGUGUUGUGGGUCAGGCUGGGAGGGCUGAAGGGAAAGAGGGUGUAA